AUUGGCAGUUGUCGACUUCUCCAGACUCCUCCGUGUGGAACGACCCGGCAAUUGUCACCACUAGUCAGUUCACAGAAUCUGCAGGAAUAUUCCAAGACACAGCUUCGCACUUGCUGAAAUCACUGCAGAAUCAGAUGACAGAAACAGAAGCUCCUUUCCACAGACUACCUUUUGUGCAACGUUUUCCCUUGGCAAGUGUCGGAGGCUGGCCUCCUCACCACACCUACAACCCUCCACCAGGCUUCAGGGCAAGUCUGUCCAGCCAGCAGACGUCAGAAGCUCACAAGAUGGCAGAAGUGCUUCAGUGA